AUGAAGAUUCUGGCAGCACUUUGGGCAGUGUCUCUUGUGAGACUAUGUCACUGUGGAGAACAAAAUAGUCUCCGUAGAGAGGUUGCAGAUGUCUCACUUGAUCUCUUGAAUCCAAACGAAGGAUCAGUACAUGUUGCUGGCGACGACAAGGACGGAGUGACUAAAAGGGUAUUUACUCCAAAGGAUGGCUUUGCUCUGACCAAGGUUCUUACCGGGGAAGUGGAAGUAUGGAAGGUUAAAGCUGGUGAGAGAUGCACUCUUGUAGAAGCUUACAGCAAGGGGGACUCCAUGCUGAUCUACUUAAAGGUUGAGAGUGCCACUGGACUAGAUUUAAAGUACCUCGAAGGAGUAAAUGGAACAUGGAAGGACGUCACCAUUACAGAGUUUUACCACAGGCUGGAAGAGAUGAGAAAGGAUGGUGAAAAAUCUCCAGAGGAAGAGAUGGAAAAGCAUUUAGAACGUGCCAAAAGGAGACUAGAGGGGAGUGAAUCUGCUUCUCCAGUUGCUGAAUCAUCUGGUAAUACCAAUGCUAGCGGGAAGAUUAGUGCUCCAAUUAUUCCUUCACCUGAUCAUGUUGAUGGUACUCCUAUUACUCUUGAUCUUGCCAAUCCUGAUAAAUCUAAGGUAAAAGUAUAUACAGAAACGGAAUCUGGAGCAUCCUUCAAGUCUUAUACUCCAAGGGAUGCCUUUCAUAUAUCCUCCGUUGUAGAUGGCGAUAAGGAGCUAUGGAAAUCUUCUGGAGAUGAAAAGUGCGUAUUUGUAGAAUCUUAUGCCAAAGGAGACUCUACUGUAAUGACCAUAGGAAUAAAGAGCGGUGAUGACUUGGAAGCUAAAUUCUUUGAAAAGACUGAUGGGAAGUGGAGUGAAAUUGGUAGAGAACUAUUUAUCGGGAAGUUUUAUGGUAUGAAGGGAGAAUCUGUAGAAUAUACCGGUAACAUUACUCAGGAAGCUUCUCCCUCAUCUGCUGAUAAGCUCCCUACAGAGAAUCUUGGAGGAUCUCAAGAUGUAGUAGGAUUAUCUGAAGAGGCUCAGGUAGAGGUUGCAUCCGAUACUGCUUUACAGGAGGGGGAGAAUGUGGACAAACCUGAGAUUCCAUCGGAUAAUACACUUCUUCAGUCAUCUGUACAGGUUGACAGUACUCCUAUAGCCUUAGACCUUUCUAACCCGGAUACCUCCAAGAUCAGUGUACACGAGAAGGAUGAUAACGGAAUAACUGUUAAGGGAUAUGCUCCAAAGGAAGGUUAUUGUCUUAAAGAAGUACAUGACCUAAACGUACCCAUAUGGAAGGGUGUGGAUAAGGAGCAUGCUCUAUCAGUAUUAGUAUACUAUGAUGGAGACUCUUCUCUCAUUACCAUAGGCAUAAGCAAAGGUAGUGACUCUAAGCUAGACUUUAAGUAUUUUGAGAAGAAUGCUGAUGGCUGGAAGGACCUCACUAGGAAUGACUUCUUCAAUCAACUUGACGAAAUGAGAGAAUGUGGAAAUAAUUUGUCCAAUACUGCUGGGAAGGAAUCUCUAGAACAAGAACCUUUAGAAGUUAUUCCUACCGUUCCUGAUCUAAAGUCCAAGAUCGACUCUACCCUGUUUGAUGUGAGAGAAUCAAACUCUAAUGGAGUUCCGCUUUUGACCUGUACACCAAGGUCUGGCGUUGUAGCUACAAAGCUUGUUUAUGGAGAUGAGACUAUAUGGGAUGGAGGCAGAAGACCCUUAUCUUCGGCUUUAAUCUACUUUAAAGGAGACAAGCCAUAUGUUGUAACAGUGCAGUAUAGAGAGAAUGAAGAAGAACAUGUUAUCUUCCUCCAUUAUAACGGUGAAGAGUGGGAACAUAACAAGAAAGAACAUGAAAGAAAGCUUAAAGUAUUAAAGGGAGUUACUCAACAAGUUCCUCAGUCAGCUGAACAGGAUGGAGUUACUCUGGACCUUGCAAAUCCGAAUAAGGCCGAUAUAAAUGUGAAUAUAAAGGAGGAGAAUGGAGUGUCUGUCAAAGAACAUUUCCCGAAUAGAGGCCAUCACAUCUCUUCCGUUAUGGAUGGUGGAGCUACUCUAUGGACAUGUGGAACUGGAGAAACUUCUGGGCUUGUAACUUCUUACACAAAAGGUGAUUUUACUCUUCUUUUCGUAGGAAUAAAGAAAGGUGACAAUUUCGGGAGUAAGUUAUUUAAAAGGGUUGGUGGAGAAUGGAAUGAACUUACUACGGAGAUGUUCAAGGAAAAGUUGGAUAAAGUGACUAGGAGGUCUCAGCCUACUAUUCCUAUUACUCUUGAUCUUGCCAAUCCUGAUAAAUCUAAGGUAAAAGUAUAUACAGAAACGGAAUCUGGAGCAUCCUUCAAGUCUUAUACUCCGAAGGAUACUUCCAAGAUUACUACUGUUGUGGAUGGAGAGGCUCAACUUUGGACUGGUGUUGGAGAUGACAAGUGUUUCUUUGCACAGUCUUUUACACAGGGAAAUUUUACUCUCUUUACUCUUGUAAGUAAUUUUGGACACAAGUACUUUGAGAAACUUGAUGGGAAGUGGAAUAACAUCACACAAGGAGACUUGUUAAGGAAGCUUAAUGAAAUGAGAAAGUCUGUAUCAUCAUCUCCUCAUUCUUUCUCCUUCUUCCUCACAUCCUUAUACUCCAUCUCAGUAGUGACUCCUCAUUGA